UUUAGCUUAUAGCCACUUAGUUGUACGUACCGGCAUGUAUUUCAAUAUUUGUCCAGAAGACCUUCAAAACUUUUUUGAACUGCACUCAGACGUUCAGCUGAGAGCAGGUAUACAAGAACAGGUGGCAAAGGCGUUAUUAACUAACUUGGAGGGUGGGAUAGAUACCUUAGAUGAAAAACAGUUAUUGGCCAGAAAAGAGAUCUUUGGGGAAAAUACUUUGCCCGAGAGAAAAAAAAAGAGGUUUUGGGAGUUCAUGGUGGAUGCCUUAUCCGACGUUACUCUUAUUGUUCUAAUAGUAUGUGGUAUCCUAUCCCUCAUACUUGGCCUCACUAUUGAAAAAGAUAAAACUGUGGGCUGGAUAGAGGGCGCCUCCAUUCUCGUCGCUGUGCUGAUAGUAGUUUUAAUUUCGUCGCUUAACGACUUUCAAAAGGAGAAGCAGUUUCGUGAGCUUUCAGCAAUCAAAGACGAUGUGAUAGUAAGCGUGACACGCAACUUUAAACGAAUGCAAAUUCCAGCAAAAGAACUUCUAGUUGGAGAUCUGCUUCACCUUUCGACGGGAGAUAUCGUGACUGCUGACGGGUUGCUGUUGAAGGGCUACGACGUAAAAGUGGAUAAUUCCUCUCUCACCGGCGAAUCCGAACCGGUUGAGAAGUCUCCGAAUGAAGACCCCGUUAUCUAUAGCGGGACUAAAAUUUUGGCUGGUUACGGGAUUCUCCUUGUUUGCGCUGUGGGUGUGAGAUCCCAGACGGGGAUCAUACACCGGUUGGUCUCUUCAAACGCUUCAAUUUCCGCUGGGAAAAAAAGAACUUCAGAGCAUAAAGAAAGUGAACCGACCGGCGAGUCCACACAUCUUCUGUCGGAGGAGCACAAAUAUUCUUCUAGUAGUAGCAGUGAUGUGAGCGAGCCAGACGAGUCCGUAAUUGAAGGUUCCGGCUCGGUACUCCAAAAGAAACUUGAAGAUUUAGCGGUGCGCAUUGGUUAUUUUGGGAUGAUGAUGGCGGUGCUGACCUUCUUGAUUCUGGUCAUCCGGUUCUGCAUCAAGACGUAUACUGUACGGCGCUUUGAUGUGGCAGACCUCGCCGAGUUCCUCAAGUUUUUUAUCGUGGGCAUCACCGUGCUCGUGGUGGCUGUCCCGGAAGGACUGCCAUUGGCGGUAACUAUCGCUCUGGCCUUUUCUGUUAAAAGAAUGCUCCGCGAUAAAAAUUUGGUUCGCCAUCUGGACGCGUGUGAAACAAUGGGAAGCGCCACCACCAUAUGCUCCGAUAAGACUGGCACGUUGACCACCAAUCAGAUGACGGUGGCCGCUUGCGAGUUUGCCCAUGUGCAGAAGGAUUGUCUUCAGUAUGACAAAGCACCUCUCGGUAGAACAAGCAAAGACAUUGUGGAGCAGAUUGCGUCGGUCAACUCCACGGCAGAAGUUCUUAUUGAGGAUGACGGCCGUUGUGAAUACCUCGGCAGCAGCACGGAGUGCGCUCUUCUAUACUUCCUGCGAGUACACAAUAUCGAUUAUGCAAAGUACCGGAAGACCUGCGAGGUGGCUAAACUCGUGACCUUUUCGUCCGCCCGGAAACGAAUGAGCACUAUAAUAUACCUUCCUCAAGAAGAAAUAUACAGAGUUCUUUGCAAGGGAGCCGGUGAAGUCGUUUUAGGGCGCUGUGCCUUCCUAUACAGGGAAGAUACUGGAAAAGGGCCGCUGACUCCGGAAUUACGGGAUUAUUAUCAGCAGCGCAUCGAUGAUUAUGCCCAAAAAGGCCUGCGAACACUGACAUUUGCGUACAAAGACCUUUCCAAGGAGACUUUCGAGGCACGCGGCGCUAAUACAGACUUUGUGGAAAGCAGCCUUAUUUUCAUGGGGAUUGUCGGCAUAAAGGACCCCGUCAGGCCCGAAGUUGUUAACGCCAUCAAGCAGUGCCAGAAAGCCGGUAUUGUCGUACGAAUGGUCACUGGAGACAACGUCCUCACUGCAUGCACUAUUGCUAAAGAGUGCGGGAUACUAGAUGCGGACUACAGUUUCUUUUCGGUUAUGGAAGGCCCUGACUUUCGCAACCGCGUCACUGAGGCCGAUGGAGUAAUAAAUAUGAGAAAUUUCAAUAUGAUAUGGCCGCAUCUACGAGUGCUUGCGCGGUCCUCCCCUCAAGACAAGUAUGUACUGGUGGACGGGCUAAUAAGGGCAGACAACGGCGGACGACAAAUUGUGGCCGUCACAGGAGACGGCACUAACGAUGCGCCUGCUCUCAAGAGAGCGCACGUGGGGUUUGCUAUGGGGAUUCAGGGCACCGAAGUAGCCAAGGAAGCUUCCGAUAUUAUUUUGAUGGACGACAACUUCAAUUCUAUUGUUUCUGCCGUAAAAUGGGGAAGAAAUAUAUACGACAGCGUUUCCAAAUUCCUCCAGUUUCAGCUCACUGUGAAUGUUGUGGCCAUACUGGUGGCCGUCGUCAGUAGUGCGGUAAUCGAAACCUCUCCGCUGACGGCCGUCCAGAUGCUUUGGAUCAACUUGAUUAUGGAUUCCCUCGCCUCCCUUGCACUUGCCACCGAACCUCCGAGCGCUGCACUACUCUCUCGAAAGCCAUAUCGGAAUGACAAGCCGAUCGUCACCGGGAAGAUGAUCCGCUUCAUUGUUGGCCACAGCUUGUACCAGUGCUUGAUAGUGUUUGGCACCAUCUUUCUUUUCAGAACUGUGAGUGCAUUUGUCCACGUGAUAGCUAAGACACCUACCACAACAUCCGCACAGCAAUUUUAUAUUCCAGACAGCGGGCUGGUGUCAUUGGAUAAGCCCACCGUGCAUUUCACGAUGGUCUUCAACCUAUUUGUCCUCCUUCAACUCGUUAAUGAAAUCAACGCUCGUAAAAUUCAUGGCGAGCUCAAUGUUUUCAGUGGAUUGACAAUGAACUGGCUUUAUUUGGUUAUCAUGGCCGCGCAGCUUCUUUGCCAGCUCGUUAUAGUCCAGUUUGGCGGAAAGGCUUUCGGAGUGGUUCCCUUGAGUUGGUACCACUGGCUGAUAUGCACAGGUCUGGCUUUAGUGGAACUCCCACUGAACUUACUUCUCCAAUUCAUUCCCACUCAUUUUAUAUCCAAGACUUUAAAAGGAGCUCGCAGGUCCUCUGAGCUGACCACCAUCCAUUCUGGCGAGGGUGCAGUUCUGUGGCUUCGCAGCGUGGCGAGGGUAAAGUCGGCCGUCCGUGCAACCAAAGCGUUUAGGAUGGGCCUUCAGAACGUUCGCACUAGCCAGCCAGUAAAGAGUAAAAGUUCUGAGUUUUGCACUCCUCUCCUUCCUUCAAGUUCUUAACUCUCGCUAUUAUCC